UAAGUUUGCAGAAGGAAAAUUUACUGCAAAAAUGGCCAAGCAGACGGAAAGUAAAGGUUACAAUAUAAGACUUAUCGACACGCUCUACAGUCAUGUUCCAGCUUUCACCGACGUGUUUGACGAGGAAACAUGGUACAUUUUUGUGAUUUGUUUUGUCGCGGGUACCUUUCUGGUAGCAUUUAUUCUCUCGAGAUUCAUCACCUUACAUCCCGUUGACUAAAAGACUGCGAACGGCGAGUUCGAUUCACAAGAUGACGUCCGACGUACUUCCUCAAUGUCAACCAACUCAAUUUCUAUGCAUUCGAUGUCACAGCUAUUGAGUUUUUUUUUGUACGCGCGUCGUAGCCACGCAAACCUUUAGUCACUAAAUCAUCUCGUUCUCACGUAAUUAAAGCGACAAGCUCUCUGCGUAGCAUUGCAAGGAGAGACGAUUUUGUAAGUGUAAUACAUGUCAAAAACCGUUCUGGCUCUGAUGAUAAUAAAAUACUAAAAAGAUGUUGAAAA